AAUAUUCAAAAUACUAGAUAUUUAGGAAUUUUUUCUAAUGAAAGUGUAGUUGAUGAUUGGUAUAAAGCUGUAUUAGAAUUAUCAAAAAAGAAUUCUGGUGAGGUUAAAUAUUCUAUUGAGAAGGUAUCUCGGAAAUGGUAUAUGUUACCUCAUUUAGAUCAUAUUAUUCAUGUAACUCAAAAUGCUCCUGAAAAUGAAUUAAAACAAUUUAAAGGAAAAUGUUUUUGGUUAUUAAUGGACAAUGUGGGGGGUAGACACAUACCUCUAAUUAAUAAUUUUGAAGGAAGUGGAGGAGGUAAUUCAGGUAGUAACAACCCUGGAUCAAACUCAGGUUCUGGAAAUACAUCUGGUAAUCCUGGUUCAAAUACAGGUCAAGGAGGCAGUCCAGCUGGUGGAAAUACAGGAGGUGCUAAUAAACCUAAUAAUUCCGGAUCCGGUUUAAAUCAAAAACAAAAAUUGGCUCUUGAUGAAAUAUUUAAAAAUCUUCAAAUGCAACAAACCGACAAUAACGAUAAUGACCUUGAAGAACUCAGAAAAGUUUCACAAAAACUUGCAGAAUUACUUAAUAUGCAAAAU